GUUCCCCUGCUUAAUUUCCUGGUGAUGAUUGCUAAGUAUUCGAUUGCUGCUGCAGACCGUGGGCAGGGUCUCAACAAUGCCAUCCUCGACGCGGCAUCGUUAGGCCGCCAGAUCGCUCUGCUGAAGGAUAAGUCAGUCGACUCUUUAGCUCCUGCUGUGGCGGCGUAUGAAAAGGAGGUUUGGGAGAGAGGUAAAGAGGCCGUGAAGAUGUCGAACGUGAAUAGUCUCUCCAUCCACAAUUGGGAGCAGCUGCAAAGCUCCCCUCUUUUCACUGCCGGGUUGAAGCAGAAAGCAGCGAAGCCCGAGAAAUCAUCGUGA